AUGAGGAGGAGUAGUAGAAGUAGGGGGAGGAGGAGUCUGUUUGUUGACAUCGGACUAAAGCGAAAAUCAGAUGAGUGAAGACUAGGGAUAAUACAUCAAUUUCUCGCCGUCAUCAAUACACACAUCCUUGGCGAAAGCUAAGGUUCCCUGCACUGCCCCAUCUUUGAUUUGAGCCAGAGAAGAAGAGGCUAACAUGGCAGCCAAAGCAGGAGACAACCCUGACAGCCUCAUGACUCUGGCUACAGUCUUCUGCCUGAGGAAUCUCAGGAAGACAAUGUGCUACCAGGGAUUCAGGAACAAGCUCUGCCUCCGCUCAGACAUCUUUCUUCCUAGUGAAAUCUGUGACAAGUUGGUCAACACAUAUAUGGAGUUGGUCCACACAGACAGUAACUUUGAACCAGAGGAGAGUUUCUUCCAACUAUUUUCAGACCCUCGAAGCACCAGACUGACUAGGGUACAGCUGAGAGAAGACUUUGUACGUGACAGAGAUCUGGAGGCCAUCCGAAAACAGGAUCUGAUUGAGCUCCACCUCACCUACUGCAACAGCCUGUCAUCCCGCAGCUUGAAAACACUGACCUGCUUCCGUGAGACUUUGGUCUCUCUUUGUCUCUUUGGCUGCAACCACAUCUUCUACAGGAAGGGCGGCGCCCCACUCGCCUGUAAUGAAGACACAGAGGACGAUGAAGAGGAGAGCCCUGCUUCUAGGCAAGCGUUGGAGAUGGACUUUAAUUUCCAGGGCUUUAACCGCCUCAGGUUGCUCAACCUGGGUGGACUACCUGAUGAGAUGGAUGCUGAGACCCUCCUCAAACCCCUGAAGUCACUCACCUCACUAGACCUGUCUAAUGUACAGUUGCUUGGAACAGCUUUUUUCACCCAGUGGAAAGACAGACUGGCUUCUCUAGUUCUCUACAAUGUGGACCUGUCAGAGGAGUUGGUCAGUACAGUGGUGGAGCUGAUUAAUCUCAGGCAUCUUGACAUCUCGCGGGAGAGCAGGCGGACCUCAAAGUUUAAGAUGACCAGGAAGAUUCUGACAGCCAUCGUACAGCGUCUGAUCAAUCUGGUGUCUCUGGACAUCUCAGGUCACGUUAUGCUGGACAACUGCACAGUUCCACAUUUUGAAGAAGCUAUGGGGCGUCCAAGCACUGAACCAUGUAAGAGCAGCAUCUAUCCUUUCCAGGAGCUGAAGAGGCCUCUGCAGUUUCUCGGCUUGUAUGAUACCACCCUCUGUAAUGUGACACACAUCCCUGCUUACAAGGUGACUGGAUCAAAAAAUGAAGACCAGGUUCUGAAUGCCAUCGAAGCUUACACAGAGUUUCGUCCUGAGCUGGCCCACAGAGCCAUCAAUCAGCUGUUUGACAUCGCCAGGAUACAACACUGUAGCCAGCUGCUCCGGGCUUUGCAACUUGUCAUAGCAGCACUAAAGUGCCAUAAGUAUGAUAAGAGCAUCCAGGUGACAGGCAGCGCUGCUCUGUUCUACCUGACCAACACAGAGUACCGCAGUGACCAGAGUGUGCGGUUACGCCGAGAGGUUAUUCAAGUGGUGCUGAAUGGAAUGGAGCAGUACCAGGAGGUUACUGUCCAGAGGAACUGCUGCUUGACUUUGUGUAACUUCAGUAUUCCAGAGGAGCUGGAGUUCCAGUACAGUCGAGUCAACCAGCUGCUGCUGAAAAUCCUGGAGCCAGCCCGGCAGGAUGAGUCUAUCCAGAGAAUCGCCGUUCACCUCUGUAAUGCUUUGGUCUGCCAGGUGGACAACCAUCACAAGGAAGCUGUGGGAAAGAUGGGAUUUGUCAAGACAAUGCUGAAUUUAAUUCAGAAGAAGCUACAGGACAGAAUGUGUGACCAGGUGAUGGAGUUUUCCUGGAGCGCUCUGUGGAACAUCACUGAUGAGACACCUGACAACUGUCAGAUGUUCCUCAACUGUCGGGGCAUGAGUCUCUUUCUGGAGUGUCUACAGGAAUUUCCAGACAAGCAGGAGCUUCACCGCAACAUGUUGGGUCUGUUGGGAAAUGUUGCUGAAGUCAAAGCUCUGAGGCCACAGCUGCUCACCCCACAGUUCAUCACUGUAUUCAGUAACCUCCUGGAUAGCAAGGCAGAUGGCAUUGAAGUGUCAUACAAUGCAUGUGGCGUGCUUUCUCACAUAAUGUUUGACGGGCCAGAGGUUUGGUCGAUGGAAGAGCCACGAAGAGACACAGUAAUGGACAAAAUGUGGGAUGCGAUCCAGAGUUGGGAUGUCAGCUCACGGCGCAACAUCAACUACAGGUCAUUUGAGCCCAUCCUGCGACUGCUUCCCCAAAGCAUUUCCCCUGUCAGUCAGCACUGGGCCACAUGGGCUCUCUACAACCUGGUGUCAGUUUACCCGAGCAAGUAUUGUCCUCUGUUGAUAAAAGAAGGAGGAAUAAGUCUUCUGGAGAAAGUCCUGGAGCUGGAAAGCUCACAGCCAGAGACUAAGGACAUGGCCAGGAAAGUCAUGGAGCAGUGUGAAAACUUCAAAGAAGACCCCAUGGAAACAAAUCAUGGACAGGAGGUAAACUAUGGACAAAGAGGUUGACACCGCAGGAGCCAUUAUUCCCAGCAAACAUCGAGCAAACCAACCUAAGGCACCUCCUACAGUCAUCACCACAAGGUUCAAUUGUGUGCAUUAUUGUUAUUCUUGUCAUCCUUCUUAUUUUGUAGAGCAGAACUGUGUCUCUGACCCUCUUCACAGCAGUUUGGACAAAAACUUAAUAUAUGACACGUAGGAGUUAAAAUGUGGUGCAUGGUGUUUUGUUGUGAGGGUGCUUACUUUUGCUGCACUUAAACAUCACUUCAGUUGGGACGGUGAUGCGGGGCAGUGUGACUGUUAUCGCUCAGUGUGCGCGCGUGUGUAUGUGUGUGUCAAAGAUUUAUCAACAGAACAAAACAGUCGGAGUGACUCCUGGUUCUCAGUGGAUGGAAAGGAAAGCCCUCCCCAGCUCACUACUGUUAACUGUGUAACAUUGAACAAAAGGCGACAGGCCACGCAGUGUCCUGCAGCACCAUCAGAGGUCUCAGCUCUCACUCUGCUCUCUCACACUUGUUCAUGCUCAUGGCGGCCACGGAGCUGUGGACACAUGUACAGUGAAUAUUAGCCAUUAUGUGUGUAGGCUGCAGAGAAGCAUCACACUGAUGUUGACGGGAGAGAAGUCUUCCCAGAUCAUGUGGCACAAUGGUGGACUUCUUUGUUAUAUAUGUAAAUAUUCUCUGUGUGUCUCAUCCUCUUUUACUGUAUGUUUUAUAUUAUAACUGUAAACACUCAUGACUUUACCUGUAUUUAAAUUUGUUUAGGUUUCACUGAUGUGUGAUCAGUGCUAAGAAACUAUUUACAGAAUACCCAAUCAUUCACGUGUAGUCUAGCAGUCCUGAAUUCUGUUCCUUAAAGGUCAGUUGGAUGCAGUUCAACCUUGCUUCUGUUUCUAAUUAUCUGGGACGUGUUGAUUCUUCUUACUGGAAGUAGAGGUGAGCUUUAAUAAUGAGGAUGGUGAAGUCACCUAAUGCACAUACACUUUCUGGUCGAAAGAAUGAAAGUGAGGCCUAUAAAGAGAAAGUUUCCCAAGUUUGUUGUGGAGCAACUUGGUUGCCCUUGAGAGCUGACCACAUCAAACACAUUUGGUUGAAGUAGAGUGCUAUCUGUGACACAGACCUUUUCAUCCGAGGUGGAUCUGAGGGCUCCACUUGUGGCUGAAUGGAAGCAAAGCCAGGCUCAUCAUUUGGUAGAAAGACUGAAACCAGAACAAUGAAGGCUAUUAAAUCAGAAGUUUGUUGCCCGUUUCCUGACAGAUAUGGCAAUUUAAUCUGCAAUAUUUUUUUUAAAUCCUGCUUCAGCUCAAUAUUCAGUAUGUAAUGGGUCUGAAACAUAUGAUAAAGCAUUUCCACAAUGAGAUGCCAUCAAAGUGUCACACAAGGAGGUCAGCGUGAAUUUGUAAAACCACUAACACAAUAGUAACAGUUUAAACCCCUACUCAAUUGCACUAUAUAACAUAUAUCCUAAAUUGCAGUCUGUAUGUUUUGCUAAUUGCAUUGUUUGAAAUUGCAGUGGAAAUUGAUUCAUUGUUCAGCCCAUGACCUCUUCAGCUAUACAUAUGGGUAUUACAUUCAAAGAGUGUUGCACUCCUAGAACAUUGUCAGAGUCAUGGUGAACAGUUUAACAGUUUACUUUUCACACUUGCAUCCAGCCCUCACUGACACUGAGAAUAUCAUAGAUUGAGGACAUGCUCCAAACUUUCCACAGCUACCACUGCAGGCACUAAAGGGGUAAUACAACUUUUUUUCUUCACAUGUGCAGAGAUACUUCCUAAAACCUGAACACACAGGCCAAUAGAAAGUUGGUGGAGUUCUCUCUUCAGGUGUCCGCAGGCUUUGUUUAGAUGUGCACAUAAUUUUUGUUAGUACUUACUGAUGGAUUUUGGACAGUUGGAUUACUGGUGUUAUCACAAGUUGUCAUCACAGUAGAGAUUGUGCUCUCUUUUUUGGUGAUUUAAAAAGAAGGAGGACAGGAUUUCAGUGUUUAGCCCUGAUGCUCACCAGUGCUUCCAGUGGUCACGUGUGAUUCCAGAUAAUCAAAGGGGCAAGGUUGAAUAAAACAAUUAUCCUUUAACACCUGAUGGCCCAUGAUAUUUACUGGGUUGGUCAGCUUGCUGCUAAAGUAACUGCUUCAUUCAAAUCAAACACUUUUCUUUUGAGAAGCUAACGGGAGACGAAUAAAACAGUGCGUGCACAUGUGUGUUUUAACAUUGAAAGUGGGAUGAUCCAUUCAUUAAAUAACAUCACACUCCCUCAAAAAAGGGAGUGAAGGUGGGGUGACGGGCCACCCAAGACUGUGAAUACAGAAGAAUCCAGUUUUAAGAACACUUCUACUCAUCAGGAAUUCAAUUUAUUCAUGAGUUAUCACAGCUCUCCCCCUCACCAUGUACAAGAACCAAAGGCUGAUUUUUAUUUUUUUUGCUCUGUAUGCUGUUGUGUCUUUAAAGCUGCCCUGUGGAUUUUCCUCACAUUUCUCACCAAAACAUCUUGUUUGUAUCUCUUGAGGUUUAACAAACCUGUUGAAUGCAUUUCCACAUAAAUAUUUUAAAAGCUGAUUUUUUUUUCUUUUAAAGAUCUUGCAACCCACACAUAUUUGCUAGCUCACUGUCACCUUGCUGUGCCUGCUGAACUAUCUGCAAAUAUUUAAUGCUACGCCUAGUGCUCCUGUAUGUGAGCUCAGGUUAUAAACUGAACAGGGACCCAGUAUUUGCAGCAUUGCUCCAUGGCCCUAGUCGUGGUUGCAAAGUCCACAGGGUGUCUUUAAGAUGACUCCACCAUGUUCCUUCACUGGCAUUUUCCGAGAUCAUUGAAGAAAAUUCCUUUGUUAGCAGCAUUCCCAAUCUCUGUCCCACUUUAGAAAGAGUAUUCAUGUUUAUUAAAGGCAGUGUCUCACAUUCAGAACUUAUCAGUGUCCUGCAGAUCUCAACAGUAGACGUCUGGAUCGAGAACAGUUGCUUUUUCCAUAGUGAGGAGAGUAUUUCCUAAGGUAUGAACAUGAACAGCAUUUUACGGUCUUCACUACCUUGUUUUAACGUUUUACUUAAAACUCUCUUUCUUAUUUUAGUUUACUUUGAAGGUACGACAGAAACAUUUGAUUUCUAUUGAUUAUUAUUUGACGUACAAAAAGGUAUGACCAGCAGAUCUGGGGAUAUUACUAUAUGCUGUGAUCAGAGUUGCUUUUAUAGCCGUCCAAUUUAUUUCAACCUGGCGCAUUUCCAAAUAGUGUGUCCAUUGUGUCUCUAUAGGUCUUGGUGACUUUGUGUCUCCUCUGUUGUAAAGAUUCAGAGAAACAUCGUAUAUUCCACCAUAAAUUGCAAGUUUUGUGCAACUUUCCAAACAUUUUUACAUGUAUCAUUGCAAAAAUUUGUUUGCUGUUUCCAAGUAAACACUGAAAUUUUUAGUGUGGAGCAGACAUUUAGCUAAUCUGUGCAACUUGCUGGCAGACAUAUUCAUCCAUGAACACUGGGUUGAAAUAAACUGGAAUUAUUCUCUAACUGGUGUCCACAGACAAACCCUAACCCUACAGAGCUUAGACUCAACAGUCAUAAAUAGAUUCUUGGUAUAAUAAAUCAGUUAUGGCUGGGUUUUCAUUUAAUUUUCGUCAUGUUAUCGUAUUAACAGACAGAAAAAUGGAAAAACCUUGGAAUAUUUCAAGCUGUUGUAAAAUGUAUAUACAUUUCUAAUUUAAAAUAGAGAUGAAUACCUCUGAUGAAAAAGACUGAUUUAAUGUUUUACUAUGUUAGGUAGGGCUGAAAUAAACGGUGCUUUUCAUUAUUGAUUCAUAUAUUAUUACAUAUUUUGAUAGAUUGUAUCUAAAGAUGGACAACACAGCAGCUUUUCCAAAAUGAAACCUAAACAUCUUGGAAAAUGGGAACAGCAGACUCUGUGGUAGUAGUGACACUGGGGGGUGCUGAUGUUGUCCUGCCUCCUGCCUGGCUCACGUACAACCAGGGGAAGAACACAGGGUAGAACCACACCUUGCUGGAGGGAAUAUAUAUCUCAUCUGGCCAGGGACUUCUCAGGAUGCCCCAUUGGAACUGGAGAACAUUACUGGGAGAGGGACUUUUAGGAGGCCCUGUUCAGAGUGCUGCCAUCACGGCUCGACCCAGGAUAAGAGGAAAAUGUCUUUCCACCCUGGUCAUUACUGGACUGAAUAUGCAAAUAGAGUCAGCGGUGUACGAUGGGAGUCCCUAUUUCUACAGUAUUUUGACCUCACUGUUGUAGGUAUGAGGUGGUGUUGUCCAUCUUUAUAUACAGUUUAUGAUUGUUUCAUUUUGUUCAUCGUUAAGUGUCAGAAAUGACCUCAAACCAAGGUGAUGUGUUAACAUUUUGUAGAACAGUCCAAAGUACAAACUGUCGCUGUGUACAAUUUAGCAAACCAGAGGGUAAUAAGCCAGAUUAAUGAUGAUUAAAUAACUAGUGAUCAAAGUUGCUACAAAUUAAAUUUUCUCUCAGUGAACGCCUGAGCACCGUUUCUUUAGGUCUGUCUUUAAAUAUGUCAGUGGUCUGUUCUCAUGUUGGUUUAUUCUCAGAACAUUACACUGUUAACAAUGUGAUUUAGUUUCACAUUAAAUAAUAACAUGACUGUGGUUAAAGGGUUUAAUGUCUACCUUUACCUGCUGUAAUGAAUGCAGUGCUUAUUUUAACUACAGAAUUUGGACGGUGGUUUGGAGCACAAAGCUUUUCACCCACAUCAGUUUCAUUCCUGAUUCAGGGAUUCCCAGGUCCUUACACGUCAGGCCAGUGAAGGAACACACAUCAGCGGCCAUACUGUUUCUCCCUCCCUGUAAAGUGUGUUGGUUUAGAUGAACCAGGCCAGACGUAUUGCACAGCAGUUUCUGCAGUGUGGUACCACAGUGUGUGGAGCUUGAGCUGGUUCAGGAUCUGCUGUGGCACACUGUGUCUCCUCCAUGAAUAAAUUGAUAAGCGAUGCCUAACUCAUGUUUGUAAGCUACUUCAUAUCAGUUGUGUUGGUUUUACCCACUGACUUGAUGUCCUGGUUCUCAUGUACAGUUUUUCUUUGUGUGAUUUCUGGGAUCUGAUUGGUACAGGUCUGUUUCUGUUGCUUUUCACGAUGGAAAUGAAUGUUUCCAUCAGUGUAGACAGUGGUGUGAGAUGACAAACUUUAUUAGACAUUCGUUCAAUUUCUCCAUCUGGAGUUCAAAUGUGUGCAUAUAUAAUAUGAAGAGGAGAAUUAACCAGGAUUUUGCAUAUGAUCAAACUAAAUCUGUUGUGAGUUUUUACUUCUUAAGAAUUGCACAGUGUUUGAUUAAAAGUCCUCUCUAGAGAAAGUAGAUGAUCCGUUGGACAUUUUCAAUCACCUGUUCUAUCUGAUUUGAAAACAUUGGAUGUUUCAGUUUGUGCUUUCCGGGAAGACAUUAUGUGUAGAGCUGAGAAGAAAACAUUAGUCUUUGGGGUUGACUGUUCUUGAUUAUUUAUGAAGAUGUGUGUACUGAAAAUAGGAGAAAAAAAAAGUUCCGUUGAAUUACUGCUAACGGAGAACUGCUGUGUCACAAAUUUUCAAAUUUCAUAUUUUAAUUUCACAACGUUUCUCGAGUCUGUCGAUACUCUGUUGUUGAUUUCUUUUGUAAGAGCUGAUAAGUUUAAUCCAAAAUGGAGUGAAGAACAUUGGAUCCAAACAGUAGGAAGUUCCACUUUUUCUUGAUCUCUAUAGUUCCAGGACAUUAGUGUAAAAAUAUGAGUAAGCAAUAAAGAUGGAGUGGUUAAAAACACUG